GGCAUUUCAUUUUGUUGCAGUUUUUUAUCUCACCCUGUCGAACUGCGAUAUCUAUCGGUUUCAUCUCUUCUGAGUUCUGGUGAACUACAUUCAGUAUUUUUAUAUGGGAAACUCUAUUUUCGACACUAAAAUUUUUAAAGAAAUGCCUCAUAAAUCCACUCAUCCCACAACACACCCUUUGUAUAAACAAAUUGUCAUUUUUCUGACAUGUACUAACCUAUUUCCCCAAAUAAUUUAUUAUUACAAAUAACAAAUUCACCUUAAUCCAAUUUCAAUUGGAAAUGGUGUUUGUUUUAGCGAUAUCCCCGGCAAUCUUAUCAACAAUUGUCAUAAAUCGAUCCCUUGCGGAAGAAGGAGACACAACCAGCAAACGCAACACACUAGCAGUGAAGAAUAGUUCAGUUUAACACCAUCACCUGGGAAAGAGGCGGUUUCGUCUCGCAUUCGACUGGUCAAAUACGCGUCGCCGUGGUGAUGUUAUGAACGUUGAAUUUGUGGCGCAUCUAAAAAAUUUAAUUAUUCAAAUGUCGAAAUUCGAGAUUUAUUCGCAAAAUACUUUAGAACGCUUGUGGCCCAUUCAGUGUACCAUAUUGGUGGCCCUAAUAGCCAUAGCAUUGGCUCGCGUUGCACGUCAGCGAUGUUGUUGGUGUUGUUCGCGGUCGUGGUGUAGUGUGUAUAUUUUGGAAUUUCUAGUGAUCUCAGUACCAACUGUUUUAAGUGUAAAUCUUCUGCAUAAAUAUGUGGCAUACAUAUUGUUGGGAGCAAUACUUGCGCUGGCCGUGACUAUUUGGCGCACAAAAUGUUUACAAAAAGCAUCGCGAAGAGAAUUUGAAUUUGGCCAGCGGCCGGCACUUUUCACUCUACUCCGAACAAAUGUUUAUCUGCUAACAGUGCUGUGUAUAUUGGCUGUGGAUUUUACAAGUUUCCCUCUAGUCUUUCGCAAACAUCGAACAUAUGGUGCGGGACUUAUGGAUGUUGGUAUUGGUCUGUUUGUUUUUGCAAUGGCCCUGGUUUCGUCGAGACCCAAACGUUUUACAGAUUUACGUAAAAUGCUAAUAACUGUGACGUGCAUGCUGAUAUUGGGUAUGGGUCGAACAAUUGUAAUUGCCAUGAUUGGUUAUGGCCAGGAUGAACAUGAAUAUGGCAAACAUUUGAAUGCUUUCUUCACGUUGGGUUUCACGAAGUUGUUUGGUACACUGUUUGGAUUUUUGGCAAGAUCUCAUAAGCACUUGCUGCCACUUGGAUUGGUUAUAUUGAUAAUACACGAAGUCACGCUGCAGUGUGGCAUAGCCUCAUUUGUAUUGGAUCCCUUGGAACGAACCGAUCUGCUAACUGCCAAUCGUGAGGGUAUCUGUUCAUUGCCUGGUUUUAUUGCCCUCUAUUUGCUAUCGCAGUACAUUGGACAAUGGAUCAAAUCGAAGGAUGUCUGGAGCUUUGAAGAAAUUAAACAAAAAUUAAUUCAUCUCUCAUGUUGCGGUGCAGUUCUAUGGCUUGUUGUGAUAAGCAGCGUUAUGGUGAUUGGCAUUGCUCGGGUCUCCUGUAAUUUUGGCUACGUGACAUGGAUGUUGGCCAUAGCUGUGACCAUGUGUGCCUUAUAUUUAUUUGUAUUCGAUAUAGUAUUAGAUACCAUAUUGCCGGUUAAUAAGGAGGAUCACAUUUUGGAGCUUACAAAUCCAUCGGAAAAGGGUUUACUUGGAAAUGCAGCGAGUGCUGCGACCAUUUCAAAAAUUCCCACCCUAGUAGAAGCCAUAAAUUAUAAUGGCUUGGUGUAUUUUUUGUUGGGCAAUGUUUUGACGGGUGCUGUGAAUAUCUUUCUCAAUACGGACGAAAGAAGUAACACCGAAAGUGUGGUCAUCCUAAUGGGUUAUAUGUUUCUGACCAGUCUUGUUGUUAGUUUAAUGUAUCGUUUUAAAAUAAGAAUAGCAUAAGUAGAGUAAUUACUAUAAAUAGCAACAAAAAACAACAACAACUAUUGUACCUAUUGUGAUUCAUAACAGACUAUGUGUUUAUGUAGUGUAAGUCCCCAUGUACUACGCCAUGCCCAUGUUUUUUGGAUAUUUAUUUAUGUUUGCUUAGUGAUAAGAUUACAUGACCAACAUUUGGUGGUCUAUGAUGUUGUGGUAUUUUUUUUUAUAAAUAAAACGUCAAUGAUUUUGUA